AUGAGCCACAGACUGUUUAAAUUGAGACAUCAUGCCUCCCUCUAUCAAAAAUAUAAUUUUGAUCCACCUGAUGAGCUGAAGGAGAUCAUUCUUCAAUAUCUGGACAAAAAGAAAGGCCAGCCCCAUCAGCUAGCCUUAGAUUUGGGCUGUGGAACGGGACAGAACUCUCGUCUGCUGGCACCGCACUUCCAGGAGGUGGUGCGCAUCGUCGUCAGUGAGUCUCAGCUGGAGGAGGCGAGAACAGUGCCAGGGUUCCCUAAUCUCAGCUACAGAGUGGGCACAGCAGAGGAACUGCCUUUCCCGAAUGGCUCAGUAGACCUGUUGACAGCUGCAUCUGCAGCUCAUUGGUUUGAGCUUGAGCGUUUCCUAAAGGAGGCUGUACGUGUCCUGAAGCCACAGGGCUGCUUGGCUCUCUUUGGCUAUGGAGACAACUUCAAAUUACACCAUGAAUCCUGUGGUGAUCGACUUAAUUACAUAUAUGAGGAUGUCAGGCAGGUCCUGCGGCCCUACACAAGGUCUAUGGUAACUGUGGCCAACAUUAAACUACAUGAUUUAUUUGAAGCCUUACCCUUCCCAGACAAAGAGAGAAUUGUGUCUUUAAAAGUUAAGCAGCAGCUGUCCAUCAAGAACAUAAUUGGGUUUUUUGAGACAUUCUCCAUGUACCAAGCCUAUCUGAGAGUAGAGCCCAGUGCUGCAACUGCUUUAUUAGAGAGAACAACAUCACGGUAA